AUGAGGGAAGAUCUCAUUCAAGGCGCUAUUGGCUUCCUUCAGGACCCAUCGGUCGCCACUGCCCCUCUCGACAAACGGAUUGCAUUCUUACAAUCUAAAAACCUUUCACCCGAAGAAAUUGCAGUCGCUUUGCAGAGAACCGGUGUCGACCCGUCGUUAAUACCAAAUCUGGGUGCAGCUCCAUCUGGGUUUGUCGUGCCACAGAGACCGGCAGGAUUUACUCAGGGAUAUGGAAAUGGCGGCUACUUUGGACAGGUUCAACGACAAGAACCUGCUGGACGUGAUUGGAGAGAUUGGUUUGUGAUGGCCACUGUAUCGGGUUCGGUGUCGUACGGUCUCUACCAGCUCGCUAAACGAUAUGUCGUUCCAAUAAUUGCACCACCUACACCAGAGGCUCUUGCCGCCGACAAAGCCGCUAUCGACACUGCAUUUUCCGAUGCAUUCGCUCUCCUUGAGUCCCUAAAGACCGACACGGAGGCUCUAAAGGAGGCCGAAGAAAAACGGAACACCAAGGUCGACCAAGCUCUCGAGGAAGUUGAAAGGGUUGUUGAAACUUUGAAAGAAUCAAGCAAGCGGAGAGAAGAUGAGACUAAGCGUCUCAACGACGAAGUUCGAAACUUGAAAGAUUUGAUACCAAAGGCAUUGGAUGGACAGAAGGAAAGCCAGGCCGCUAGUUUGAAGGACUUGCAAGCGGAAUUAAAGUCUUUGAAGGCACUACUCGUCAACAGAGCAACUGCAACUACCAGAUUCACCCCUCCACCAGCCCAGCCAGCACAUUUCGUUCCCCCACCAGCUGCAACCGUAACCUCUGCUGCUCCUUCGCCUUCGCCUGUCGUAGCCCCAUCCAGUGAACCAGCUACCAACGGGGGAGGGCAAACUCUUGGAGGGAAGCCUCUUGGGGCGAUAACUGGGGGACAGCGAGCUAUUCCAGCGUGGCAGCUGGCGGCCCAGCAAAAAGCAGCAGCCGCAGCAGCUGCAAACCCGACUAACGGUGAAUCCAGUUCUUCCGAGGCCAAGUAG